AUGGAAGGAGGUGAGUGAAGAGCUUGACAGUCAAUGAAAGGUUUGACAAAUUAAAUGGAGCUUAACUAAAGCUCUGCCCUUUCUCGACUUUUGUCAUCCUGCAUCUCAUACAAAAGGAAAAGUAUGAACUACUUUAUCUAUGUAUAACUAUGUAAGGAAAAGUUUGGGGUUUUUUAAAGAAAGAAAAUGAGCUGCCCAGGGGAUUUACAUUCAACAAAAAAGAGAAAACAAGCGACAUUUGAGUUGUGGGAAUUCAAAGAGAAUUAAAGUGAAUUUUAAAAUUCAGACCAAAAUAAUAAAUUUUCCUGCAAGCUGACGUUUCACUGAAUUUAAUCACAAUAAAUCAUAUUCCACCUUCGUCAAGCUGAACAUAUUUCCAACAUCGUCGUUGCUACCUACAUAUAGCAAGUCAUUACUUAGCUCCCGCAGCUCUCCUUUUCUUUACUGAACAGAUACUCCCAAAAUGUUUUUGAAAUAUAUGGCACCCCGUUGUUAAACUAAUGCUAGCCAUUGCUUAACACUUUCCUCCCUGUAAUUAUACAAAUCUAAUAUUACAGGAUAUAAAAUGCUAAGAUUGAAGAAAGAGGGCUUUUCCUAUGAUUAAAGAGGAACUGAAACAGUUAUUGGUGAAUCUAGAGGGAUCCAUUAAAUAUGCCAAUUUUUUAGCAAAACAUUUGGAAUGUGGAAUGUAAUUGUAUUAACUCCCAAUGCUAUUACAGAGCUGUUUCUAGUGAUACAAUAUAUAAUGUCUCUAUUUAAACAUACUAAACAUAGAAACAUAGAAACAUAGAAUGUGACGGCAGAUAAGAACCAUUCGGCCCAUCUAGUCUGCCCAAUUUUCUAAAUACUUUCAUUAGUCCCUGGCCUUAUCUUAUAGUUAGGAUAGCCUUAUGCCUAUCACACGCAUGCUUAACCCCUUAAGGUCCAAACUUCUGGAAUAAAAGGGGUUCAUGACAUGUCACACAUGUCAUGUGUCCUUAAGGGGUUAAACUCCUUUACUGUGUUAAAAAUAAAAUAACUCUCAUUUAUUUCUGAGAUUUAAUUUUGGUUUACAUUGUAGAAUAUUCUAUGUUGUUGAAAUUUUUUGUACAGGCAUUUCAUUGAGACAAAAAAAUCCUUGAUUUACAGAGUAACUUUCCAGAAUGAAAAUAUUACAAGUUUUACAAUAUUUUAUAAAAUGUUUAUUUAUAUGUUUCUAAAUAUUUAUUUGUUCAGGUGACAAGGGAGAUCCCGGGGUACCUGCCCCUGGAAGUAAGUAUCACAUCUUGAAGCCCAUGGAGCAGCAGAGCUAGGUGAAAUGGGCCUUGACAGAGCUAGGAGGCAGGCAUAUGGAAGAAGGGGUGAUUUGAUUGGAGGAUUCAGGGCCGGACUGGGGAUACGAAGCAGCCCUGGAAAAAAAUCUAUGCCAGCCCCAUAAGUCAUUGUGCUAUGUAGGGUGUAUAUAUAUAUACACACACACACAUAUAUAUACACAAUUGAAAUAGUUGGCUGCACUCUCGGAUUUCCUGAAAAUGUAACUUUUAUUGAAAUAUUUAAGAGAAGAUCAAUGUUUCAGUCCCUCUUGUGGACUUUCGUCAGGAUCAUGACGAAAGUCCACAAGAGGGACUGAAACGUUGAUCUUCUCUUAAAUAUUUCAAUAAAAGUUACAUUUUCAGGAAAUCCGAGAGUGCAGCCAACUAUUUCAAUUGCCUAUAUAUAUAAAUAUAGGCAAUUUAAAUAGUUGGCUGCACACUCAUGCUUACUACAGACAAGCUCACUGUACACACAUGCUCACCACAGACAGGCUCCGACACACCCAUGCUCCUUACAGACAAGCUCACUAACACACACACACAUAUGAUCCCUACAGACAAGCUCACUGACACACAUACAAGCUCACUCACUAGCAGGCACACACACACACACAAACUCACUAGCAGGCACACACACACAGAGGCAGACAGUCACUGACACCCAGGCAGACAGCCACACACACACACACUGGCAGACAGUCAUUGACACCGAUGCAAACACCCACACAUAUAAAGACAGGCAGACAGCCACACACAUACACAGACAGACAGCCACACACUCACACACAGGCAGACAGUCACACACACACAUGCAGACAGUCACACACAGACAGUCACACGCAGACCAGACAGUCACACACUCACACAGACAGUCACACAUUCACACAGGCAGUCACACACAGACAGUCACACACUCACACAGACAGUCACACACUUACACACUCACAUUCAGUCACACAGAGACAGUCACACACUCACAGGCAGUCACACACUCACACAGAGACAGUCACACACUCACACACAGUCACACACUCACACACUCACAGGCAGUCACACACAGACAGUCACACACUCACACAGAGACAGUCACACACUCACACACAGUCACACACUCACAGGCAGUCACACAGAGACAGUCACACACUCACAAGCAGGCACACACUCACACAGAGACAGUCACACACUCACACAGACAGUCACACACUCACACACUCACAGGCAGUCACACAGAGACAGUCACACACUCACAGGCAGUCACACAGAGACAGUCACACACUCACACAGAGACAGUCACACACUCACAGGCAGUCACACACUCACACAGACAGUCACACACUCACACGGUCACAUCACAGACAGUCACUCACACUCACACGAGAGUCACACACAGACACUCACAGGCAGUCGCACAGACAGUCACACACUCACAGACAGUCACACACUCACACAGUCACACACAGACAGUCACACACUCACAGGCAGUCACACAGAGACAGUCACACACUCACACUCACACACUGACCUCCUUCUUACCUCCUGCUUGGAGCUCCUGGAGGCCGGUUGUUGGGGAAGCAGGGACUCCUUCCUGCUUCCCAUGCUGCAGUCAGCCGGGCCCUGCCGUAGGUAAGCCCCGCCCCUGCCGCACGCUAAGCCCCGCCCUGUCACACUAAGCUCCGCCCCCGACACACAUUUUAUUUUUAUUUUUAUGAAAGGCCGUGUGUGAGAGCUGUGCCGGCCAGCUCCCCCUGCUCCCAUGGGGCUCUGUGCGGCCAGAGCUGUCAGCCUAAUGAUUAGGGCUGUCAGACCGGCCCCAGGUGCCGCGGCCCACCGGGAAAUUUCCCGGUAUCCCGGUGGGCCAGUCCGGCCCUGGGAGGAUUGCAAGUAAGGGGUGUGGCUUAGGACUCAUAUAAAUAAGGAACAUUUAAAGUUUGGGAUUCAUUUUAAAUUGAAAUAAUUCUUACCUUCUGGUAGCUGUCCCACCCACCCUCCCUAGUUUUGGAAUUGGUAAUGGUUGGUUAUUUUCUCUCCUGUUUGGUCACAGCGGCUGGGGAUGGAUAGGAUAAUUGGGGGGUAGGUCAGCUUUGGUAGGUGGAAUAGGUCAGAAUAUUUCGUUUGGAUUUGGUGGUAGGUUCGAGCUUGUCAGUAGCACAGAAUCUGGGGGUAUAGGGGUGUCUCAGUAUGCCCCUACAGUGGAAAAUCGAUGCCCUUGGUGGCUGGUACAAUGGUGUAGGGGUGUCUUGGUUUGCCCCUACAAUUGGUAAUGGAAGCCCUUGGUGGCUGUGAUAAUGGUUUAUGUUAUUUAUAUGUUAUACGAUUGUUAUACGAUUGUAUGGGUGUAUUCUGUUAUAUCUUGUUUAGGUCAUUGUCAUGGUAUAGUCAUGUUAAAAAUGGUGGAUGAUGUGAUGUAAUAUUAAAUGUUUGGUGACAAUGAUCUUAUUAAAUUAUUAAAUAAUUAUAUAUAUAUAUAAUAAAGCCGUGGAAUAAUUUUGCCAAAAAAUUAUUGUGUCUGUGUUUCUUUAAUGGAGGUUUAAUGGGUAACAUCUAGAAUAUGCCAGGAGGAUGACGAUGCGCAUAUCAUGUAAAUAAUUAGAAAUCCAUUUAAUUAUACAGUAAAACUGACUAGGAAAUGGCCUCUUUAAGUUUAAAGUAAUUAUUUGUUGCAUUAAUUAUAAUCAGAGACAGUGUAUAUUAUAUAAAUAUAUGAUUUGAUGCGUGUAAGACUCAGUUGCCAAUAAUUCAGAGAUAAUAUAUAAUAAUAUGGAAGGGGCAGGUUAGAUUGGCUAAUUGUCCAUAUUUGCCAUAUAACCUGCUCCCUGCGACCAACGAUAAACUGAAUUCCCCGAUCACGGACCAUCUAUGAGAACAAGGUCACUCAAACAGAGAGCAGAACAUUUACCAUUGCUUGGAACGUAUUGAGUUAACUACUAACCAUUCACAUGUAAUUAGGUUUUCCAGAGAAGGAUGGAUGGGUCGGUGGAUUUUUUCUGAGAUUGGAAUUCCUACAAGCGAGGGUUUGGCCACCAAGCCAGCGAGUUCUGGUUGGGGAACGAUCAUAUUCACCAACUUACGUCCACAGGUAAUAUUCAUGUUUCCUACUGCAAGACACCACUGUGGUUCUGUGCACAAUCCCCACCUUUUCACUACCAAGUACUUUUUUUUCCUUACAAAAAAUAUAGCAUAACAUGUAUCAGAAACCUGAGAUGAAUAGUUAGCACACUGGCGUAAUUAGAAUAGUUAGAGAACUAGUACGUAUUAUUUCUCUCUAUGGACAAACAGUUAUAGGCUGUGAGCGUCAACUUACUCCGUCAGCUUCUCAGCUCCCUUGUACUCCAGUGUCAUAGUUAGGAAGUUGGGAGACUGAGGUACUUGAUGUAAGUUCCCCAAACUUGGGGUUAGACUAUCCACAGGGCCCACCCAUGAGUGAGUCCACCCACAAAGAUGCAGGGUAUGUAUGUGGAGUUAAGAUGAGUGGAGUGAGAGUGAGAGAGAGUGUGUGUGUGUGUGUGUGUGUGUGUGUGUUCCUUUAAAUAUGAUUUCAUGAGUUAGCAUUUGUUUUACUUUUUAAAUUAACCCAUGUAUAAACGGGAACUCAGAGGGAAUGGGAUAUUGAUAUCCAAAAAUAUAAUUAGGGAGUUGUUACAAUUUAAAAUACCAGCUCAUUUGCAGAAUUGUUCCAAGGUGUUUUUUUUAAACCUAAAUAUUCAAAAUCAGUCUUUGAUACCCAACUUCACUGCUAAGAAAAUAUCCAUAAAUCUAAUUUCAGACUUUGUGUCACUUACCUUCCUCUAAAAUCAAACAGAAUAUAACUCCUCCUGGCAGACACCCGAACAGAUACAUAAACAAACCUCGACCGUGUCCGUCAGUAUGUGAUUGUACUCAGUGCGUUAUUCCAUGUUUACCUUCUAUGGAUUCUUUAUAAACCAUGCUGUUUUUCCACCGCUGCACGUAGUAAAUAAUUAUUUACUUUUCUGAUAGGAACAUACGACCUCCGCUUCGAUUUCAUGGACUUUGAAAACAACAGAACUUACGCCACAUACAGCAACUUCAAAAUCGCAGGGGAGAAUCUGAAUUACACUCUGAGUUUGGGGUCAUUCACUGGAGGGACUGCAGGUAUGACAGGUGCUGGUUGACUGUAUAUUGUGACCCUCUGUUAUCCAUAUAUUUAAAGAGACACUGUCACCAUUAGGGGAUUUUGCAAUUACCCCGAUUGUAACAUCUCCGCUGGGGGUUCAGUGGCUCUGGAGGCAGGUAAGUGUGAGCUUACGUACCUGAAACUAUCUCUCGCGGGUGCUGCCAUCUUUCUUAUACUGCUCUUCUUCAUUUCCUGGCUCUGUAGUAUCAGGUGCCGACGUCACUGCUCUCACAGCAUUGCAGCUAAGGAGGAUCCUGCAAGACCUCGGAUUCCUCCAUUGACACAGUCAAUUCUCUGCAGCCAUCACUGGAGACGGCUGUCGGUAUUGACUUUUAGACUCCGCGUUGAGUCUAAAAAAAAAAGUCAGAUGUAGGAAAUACACAGAGACGAAGUAGUCCUUAUUUUGUCUCUGUAUAUCUCUUGACUGGAUUGGAAUUUCAGUGAAAUUCUAAAACAAUCAAAAUGAGUUUUUCAUAAAGAUUAUAUCUUUAUGAAAUACAAUUUUUUUGUCAUAGGCGGUGACAGUGCCACUUUAAAUGGUCUAUUGGAUAUUAUUCCUGUAGUUCCCAAAAUAUCCUCUGGGUAUCAGAAAACAUAUUAUACGUUUCUUUUCUACUCUUGCUAUGUCUCUGAUUUCAUUGGGGAGUAAUGCACUAAAUAAUGAGUUAUACAGAAUUGAUAAUGGAUUUGCAAUUUCUUUCACAAAAGUGUGAAAUUGAAAGAUUUUUAAGAAUUUUGUAGCUCAAGUAUACGUUCACCUUGAUUGUUAUAAAUUACCAGAUUUAUCCAAUAAACCCCCCAUGUCUAAUCCUCAAAAUAUUAUUAGUUUCUCUCAUAGAAUAAGAAACUGGCAUCUUUAUACCAGAUAUUUAUAUAUAUAUAUCUCAAAUACAGAUUAUAAAUAAAGAUAUAAUUAAUGGUCACAUCUAAUUGUCCAGUUACCUCAUGGCCAGGUAAAUAUAAUCAGAUAACUGAGCACUAAAACUGAUAGAUGAUGAAUAUCCUCGGUCUAACGAGUUUCCCAGAGAGUAAAGAGCUGUAUUACUUGUUUCUUGGCCUGUGAAAACAUUUAGAAAUAGAGCAAAACUGAUAUAUAAAAGUGUAUUGUGUGUCUCCAAUAAACAUUUUUGAUCUUUGUAAAAAAAAAAAAAAAAAAGUGUAUUGUGUAGAAAUCGCAUUAAUAAUAAUUAGACAAUAGAAGCUCAAAACACUCGCGUGGGGUUAACCUUACGCCCCUCGCCAGGACAAUCAACAGUAUGUGUAUAAGUGAAAACCCCUAUAAAUAGUGAAGCGAUGACAACGGGGUGUAUCUUAACAAAAUUUAUGUAUGUUUAAUUAGACAAAAUAUAGUGCAGAUGGUUUAGUAUCUACAAAAUAACUAGAACAUUUAGAAAUAUUUACACAAAGUAAUAUAGAAUCCACAAUAUUUACAUUUGAUAUAGAGGAUCUCUGUUUAUGUUAAGCGUUUAUACACAUAUCACUGGAUAGUUUGUGUAUUUAAGGGACUGCACUAGUUUUUUAAACAUCGUCUUCUCUUCCAUUUACAGGUGACUCAUUGAAUAUUCAUAAAAACACACCAUUUUCUACCAAAGAUAGAGAUAAUGACCGUCAUAAAACGAUUAGCUGUGCCAAUAGUUACAGUGGUGCCUGGUGGUAUACUGACUGUCAUCAUUCAAACCUGAACGGACUGUAUCUGCGGGGAACUCACAAAAGUGCUGCCAACGGGGUAAACUGGAAGACCGGCCGUGGUCACAAUUACUCAUAUAAGAUAUCAGAAAUGAAGAUCCGACCUCAGUCUAACUAACUGCUCUCUGGUUGUCACUGUAUACGUGGAGGAAACAAUGUAUUAGAAUGGGCAAAUAAAAAUGCCCCAUAUCAAAUAUUGAUUGUAACCAGGCAAAAGAUUUGUGAAUUCAACUGAAGAUCAGUCAUGUAAAAGUUUGGUAAUACAGUCUUUCUCCGUAUCCUGAUGUGUUAUUUUUUUAAAUCCUUUCAUUGGUUUGAAAAUUAUAGACAUUAUAAACAUUACAAUUGUGAAUAAAAUCACAUGUGGAAAUGUGACAGAUUGUACAUCAAUCAGAAUAAAACAAGAAAAAUAAUAUAUUAAUUGGGUAUUAUUGUCUACCUGCUCUCAGGUUAUUAUUAACACAUUCCGUAGAGCUUUACAAUUAUAGAAAGUGGAUAUCUAGAGGUGAAGAAGGCCCUGCUCAAACAAUCUCAUUAUCUUUGAGUAUUUGAGGUAAACAGACAGUUAGGUGCAAUGGCAGAACUACGCGGGAGAGACAGGUGGUGAUCGAGAUACCACCAGAUGGCGGCCUAGGACUGCUGCAGCCCUGGGAAUUAUUCCUAUUAUUAUUAUUAUUAUUUUACACUUAUCAAAACUCCCCCCCCCCACCAAUUACACCCUUACUAUACAAUAGCCAUGCAUCGACCUUGGAUUCCCGCCAGGGCUGAGAGGCGGCCCCAGGGCCUGGGACGAGGCAUUGACCCCACUAUCGCCAACUCUAUUGUGCCGCUGGUGGAUCAGGAGUGAGGAUCGGAGACCCAUAUGUGAAAUACACCAUUUAAAGGAUGCUGUUAUUGCGCAUGGUGCAGUUCAAGGACUUAAAAUAAAUAUUUCAAAGUUUUUUAAUAUAUUUGGUUGCACACCAACUUUUGGGUUUACUGUGUAAUGUGUAUCUAUGUGUCAGUGUGUAUCUCUGUGUGUGUGUGUGUGUGUGUAUCUGUGUGCCAGUGUAUGUAUCUAUGUGUGUAUGUGUAUGUGUGUGUGUGUGUGUAUCUCUGUGUCAUUGUGUAUGUGUAUGUGUAUAUGUAUCUGUGUCAGUGUGUAUGGGUAUAUGUGUGCCAAUGUGUAUCUGUGUGUGCAUGUGUAUCUGUGUGUGUGUGUGUGUGUGUGUGUGUGUAUGUGUUUCUGUGUGUCAGUGUAUGUAUAUCUUUGUGGAUGUGUAUGUGUGUGUCAGUAUGUAUCUGCAUAUGUAUGUGUAUCUCUGUGUCAGUGUGUAUCUGUCUGUGUAUGUAUCAGGGUGUAACUAUGUAUCUGUGUGUCUGUAUGUAUCUGUGUGUCUGUAUGUAUCUGGGUCUCAGUGGGUAUCUGUGUUUGUGUGUAUGUGUGUCUUGGUGUCAGUGUCUGUCUGUGUGUGUGUGUGUGUGUAUGUGUGUGUAUCUCCUACUGUGUAUGUCUGUGUGUCAAGGUGUGUGCAUAUGUGUCUUUCUAUGUGUAUGUAUGUGUCAGUGUGUAUAUCAAGGUAUGUAUUUGUCAGUGUGUUUAUAUGUGUGUAUCUGUGUGUUAAUGAGAAUGUAUGUAUGAAUGUAUGUGGUAGUGUAUGUGCAAUCAAAUACCUACAUGCAAACACACAUCUGCAAUCAUACACAAACAUUACAUAAAAAUACACUCCUGCAUUCAAACUCCAAAAUUAUAUCCAAACACACCCCUUCAUUCAAACACCACUACUACAGGGAAAUGUACAUCCACAUUUAAAAGACAACACUACAUCCAAACACACCGUAACACUGAAAUAUUACACACAAGGAUACCAUUGCAUUUCAAUGACAAGAGUAUGUGCAAAUACACCCCUACAUGCAGACUAACACACGCUAUACAAAAACACCCUUAAAUUCUAACACACAAACACUGCUCACAAAUACAACCCCGCAAGGAUGGGCAAAUGGUAGAUCCCCAGCUGGCAAAGCAUUGUACAAUUGAUGGGGAUCUAUAUUUUGGCCACACUUGCGCUAGAGGGGGGCCCAAAACUAUUUCUUGCACCUGGGCCCACUCUACAUUAGUUCCUCCACUGACCUUCCCAGUGAGGUUGUCCGAACGAAAAUUGAACCUAGGUGUCCCAGUUUUAAGGUAGAGAUUUCACCACAACUCUAGCCAGGAUCUAAAAACUCACCUUGUUCCUGGCAUCAAUAUGUUCACGGAUAUUCCACAGUUGGUUCCCUGUUAGGAUCACCUCAAUGCUUAUGAUUCACUCCAAAAGAUUAGAGUUCUCUUUUGUCUACUUAAUAGCUGCCAACAUCAGGUUGAAGAUGGUUGUCACUGGCUACCCGGGAAGAAGGAUAAGCAAGACUGCCCAAACGAAGAACGCUACUCAAGCUUAUGUGUACAGGCUGAAACACCGAGGAAGUCAUGCCUAGUGUGGCUGCACUGUUUAAACUUUUUAUAAUAAAACUUGAUUUAAUUAUAUAAAGAAAGCUCAUAGGAACACUGACCCAUCUCAGGACUUAGAAAAUAUUACUUUUUUGCAAAAACAGGAUAUUCAAAGAUAUAAUCUUUCAAUGUAGGGUAAUAACUGCUUGAUCCAAGGAUAAAUCUGACUGCCAUUCUGGGGUCAAGAAGGAAUUUUUUUCCUAGUUUGUUGCAAAAUUGGAAGUGCUUUAAACUGGGGUUUUUUGCCUUCUUUUGGAUGAACAGCAAAAAACAAAUGUGAGGUAGGCUGAACUUGAUGGACGCAAGUCUCUUUUCAGCUAUGUAACUAUGUAACUAUGUAACUUAUAUCAUUUGUUUUUAUAUUCUCUUUAGCAUGACAACAUCUGACCAUAUACCAGUCAUUGUCUGUGGAUCAUAGCUGGGUACCACUAUGUAUUUUACUGGCAUACAGUGGGUGCAGAAAGAUACACACAUUGUUUAUUAUAUUGUGUUAACCUAUUAAUAUAUAUGUGUGUCAGUGUGUCAGUGUGUGUGUGUGUGUGUGUGUGUGUGUGUGUGUCUGUCUGUCUGUUUUUUUAGAUUAAUAUGUAUAAAUGUGUGAGUUCAUUUAUGUCAUAACCCUUUUCUAAAUAUUUGGUAAUAUUUUUAACAAUAAUGUUUGCUUUUCCAAAUCCACAUAAACAUGAAAUCAGAUUUUGUCAAAUAUUUUUUUAACAAACUCCAGAAAAAGUAUCUGAUUACUGUAAGUAUCUGUGGCGGUUAUUACAAAAAAAAAGGUUUGCAACGUUGCUACCAAAUAUUGCAUCCAUGAGCACUUCCUGCAAUGUUCCCACACAAAUCCGCUGUAACUGCUCAUUAAACCAACAGACUAUAUAAAGGGUUAACCUCUGUGUGAUCAAUAACCUUUUAUACCGUCUGAUGAUCCGAUACAGCUAACGCACAAUCAGGACAAGUUAUAUCCGUGAUUUAACACAUGGUAUACCAGAAAUUCUGUCUCACUAUCAUUUCAUGUUUGUCAGAUAUCUACUAACACACUAAAACCGUAACAGUAAAUUCUCUGGGAAUUACACCGAUUAAUAAAAUAUUGAUAAUCACCUAUAACUUGUUUUAACGUUUUUCAUGAGAUGCUCUGUGUUCUUUUAGACGUGUAUUAAAGAUUAAACUAUUUACAUCACAAUCCAGUUGAGUCUUGGCACAGCCAGGGCACACUUUGUGUUAUGGGAGGAGAAAUAGAAUAGAAUAGGAAUAGAAUAGAAUAGAUUGUUUCUCCUGCUAUGUGUAUGUUCGCCCUCUACUGGCUGCUAGGUGUAAGAGGCCGAUCUUAUGACAACAAUUAAAACUUGUAUAGUGCAUUUAUCCUUUACAAGUUAGUUUAUGCAAAUACACAAAAAUAAGUCCUGCGCUCAAACUCCCACUACUCCUGGGUGGCAGCAACGACCAUAGUAUACAUCAGCCCCAAUGCACACAACAAAAAUGUGAGUUGGGAGAAUUCAAAGAGAAUUAAUGUGAAUUAAAAAAUUCAGACAAAAAUAAUGAAUAUAUCUGCAAGUGGUCUAUUCAAUAAACAACAAACUGUGAAGAGUUGACAUUUCACUGAAUAUAGCCCCAACAGAGAAACUCCAACAUAGUCGCCUCUACCUACAUAUGGCAAGUCUUUACUUAGCUCCCUCACCUCCCCUUUCUUUACUGAAUAGAUACUCCCAAAAAGGUUUUUUAAAUAUAUAGCACACAGUUUUAAGGUGAUACUGAACAUUGCUUAAAACUGUCUUCUCCAUGUAAUAAUGCAAAUCUAAUCUUACAAGAUAUAUUCAGAAGCAAAUUAAUGCCAAGAAAUGGAAGCAUUCAGAAAAUAAUGGUUAAUUUAUGAUUUAAAUUCCUGCUCUGCAAUGCCAGAUCAGAUUAAUAAAAAGAAGGUGUGACUAUCAGUGGUUAAAAGAGGUAUGUCUGCAAUCAAACCGCUCCGUAUGAUGAAAUUCUCGUUGCUAAACACCAGAAAUUCCGUUCCUGGCAUACAGUCGUUGCUGCCUAUUUAAGGAUGAGGGGCUUGUUGUACUUUAGACGAUACUCUCCAUCUGUUCCAGAGAUACCAUAAAACACUUCGACUCCAGCAGCUACAGGGAGUAAGAUGAGGAAUUGCGCAUAUUCGUCAUUGAGCAUUCUCGUAUCGCUGGCCGCCAUUCUGUGUUAUGCUGAAGACACCUGUCCAGGUGAGCUAUGAAUGAUCCCUCACCCUAAUCAUUGAUUUUAUAUUAUUACUGAUUGGAGACGUUCACGUAGAGUUAAUUCAUUAAACAGUAAAGUAUUGUGAACAAAUUAUUUAGACACAUUUUUGGAAAACUUACUUUAAAAAUGUCAUAUUUACUACUUACAAUUAUGAUAUAAGUUUUAAAAAGUGAAAAAAAUAAAUAAAUAAAACCAAAGUUAAUGUGAACUCUCGUGUUCGGUGUGAAUAAAACUAUAGUUAUAAAAACAAUCGUCCUACAUAACAGCAUUUCCUCGCCUUGAAUGUCAGUCAGAGCAAAGUGAUUGAUUGGCUUGAAAACUAAUCAGGCAAGUCUCAUUUUUCAUGGGCCUCGUCCAAUAAUGUCUAUAAACCUACAUUUACAGUAUUUAUGUUUUAUUUACUGGGAAAAUCCAAUUGGUUGUCGGAUCUCUCGACAGACGAAUGCUUGCAUGCAUGGACAAAUGAAUGGGUAGAUGGAUGGGUAAGGUUAAAAUCAGCAAGCACGGGCAAUUAUUUCUAUAGAAUGAAGAUAUAAAAUAAGAGAUGAAACUAAGAUCUUCUAAUACCUUUUAUUGGACUAACAACAUUUUGAAAAGACAAGCUUUCAGGAGAUCCUCCCGUUGUCAUUUCUAAAACUGAGAGAGUGAGAAAUGCUUAAGAUUUGAAAAACAAAAGAUCUACCGAAACCCUGCCAAAAUUCCAAAAAUACCUUAAAAAAAGGUAUUACUAGAUACCAAUUUCAUCAGUUAUUUUACAUCUGCAUCACUGGACUAAUACGGCUAAAAUUUCAAAUCCAAAUCUUGAAUGAAGGAAAGUUAUAAAUAAAUGGAAUAUACAGCCCUUCUAUACAGCCAAACAAACAUUAUAAUGUAACGUAACGUUACGGUCACUGAUCUUUACAUUAUAAUGUUUCUUAUCAUGUAGUCAAUAAAUAACUAAUUGUAGUGACUCGAGAACCAGUUUGGAAGAUGUUGGAUAAAAUUAUCGUGUUUGUAUUUAUCUCCAGUUCACCAGGCACGUUUAUUUUUUAUUUUCAGUUUACUAAUUUGGACUAGAUUUUUAAGCCUAUUCUUAAGUUACCGCAAAUCCUUUUUAGGUUAAUAGAACUCAAUAUCUUUUGUAAAAUAUGAUUUUGACACCGGAAAGAAAAAAUGCACAAAUUAAUUAACGAGUGUAAGUUUGCAGACAAAACUAUUGAAACCUAUGAUGUCGGAAAGUGCCUUGGAAAUGUAAUUAUUAUUCAUGUUCUAAGUAAUAUUAUUAUCAUUUUUAUAGUGAAAUUUCCACAGAGUUUUACAAUUAUUCUAUGAGACGUAGACGAGUAGAUCUAUGACGUCAAGAAAGCCUUGCUCAAAAGAGCUGACAAUCUGAAUGUGAUUAAUAAGAACAGAAUGAUCCUUACAGUUGUUAUCUAUGAGGCUUAUUUACUAAACAGCAUAUUGUAAUAAUUUAAAAAUCAAAUCGCAAAUUUAAAGGAAAAACAGCUGAUUUAAAAAUAUUAUUUAACUGCACUAUAAUCACAGCUUGUCUAUUUUAAUCUAAAACAGUUUGUAAAUUACUACAAUUUGAUAUUCAGUGAAUUAACCCCUAACUGUUUAAAGAUAUAUAUAUAUAAUGAUGUAUUACUCUCUUGUCAGAUGUGAAGCUUAUUGGCGUUGGCGAGUCGGACAAGCUGGCCAUUUUGCGAGGAUGUCCAGGAAUUCCUGGAACACAAGGAAUACAGGGAGUGCAAGGACCAGCAGGACCUAAAGGUGAUAUCAGAUGUAUCGACCCAGAGGUUAAUUAUCAUAAUGAUGUCACAUUGCAUUUUCCAGUUAUAAUGUAUCCAGUCCAGGAAUCCUGAGAAUCCAAAAAGUCACAAUGUAAAAUGGUUUUGGAUAAAAAGUAUUCUACUAACCCCUAUGGUGACUUAUUUGUAGGAGAAAAUGGCUCGCCUGGAACUCCCGGGAAGAUAGGACCAACAGGCGUUAAAGGUAAAAUAACGCUAUAGUAAUAUAUGGGCAGAAUACUACAUUAGAAUACAGAAUAUGGGAUCACAUUUCAUUAUCAUUGUAAGGUACAUAUUGAAAUGUUAAUAAAUCACUAAAUUAAUACACUUUUUCUACUGUCAUGUCAACUGUAUACAGCUGUUUAUAUAUAUAUAUAGAGAGAGAGAGAGAGCGAGAGUGAGAGAGAGAGAGAGAGUGAGAGAGAGAGAGAGAGCGAGAGUGAGAGAGAGAAAAAGAGAGAGAGCAAUAGAAAUGUAAUCUGCAUUUCAAGAUGUUGGAAGAGUCCAAUUAUUCCUCAGUUACGGAAAUUUUAACUCAAAUUAAUCAUCAAGGAAUUAUAGAAAAAGCGGGUUUUAUUUUAACAACAGUAAUAUCCCGAAGUAUAAUAAAAUUUGGUGUAGAUGAUUUGAAUAUUAUAAAAAGGAAACUCUACCCAUAACGAACUAACUGGGCAUAGAUUGCUUGGAACUGUAUAGACACAUCUGGAACCUUAUAUCAACCUAAUCCAUUAGAUGACUGCUCUUUGAUACUUCUCCCCCCAUACCUCCCCAGUGCAUAACCCGAUCACCCCCUCACACUAAAUUGUAAGUAAAGUAGCACUAAUUUAGGAUGUGUUUUACAUGCAUGUGGAUUAUCUGUACAUUAUAUGGCAUUGCGAAGUUUAUAAUACCAAUAAUUAUAGUGAAUCUUCAAUAUUAUGAUAGAUCGAGGAAAUUUACUAUCUAUAAUUUAUCUCUAUUUCAAAAAUAAGUUUUUAAUAUUGGCCUCUGCACUGCCAUGACAAGUUUGUACAUAAAUAUAUUAUGUCUAUGUCAGAAACACUUAUAUUUCUGACUGUUAUGUCUUUUCACAUCAUUGUAUGUAUCUAAUUAUGUCAUGUCUUGUCAGAAAGUUAAUUUCUGAAAAUUUACAAGACUUUAUCAUUCAAUGACAAUGUUUCUGACUGUUAUGUCUUUUUUAUAUUGAAAUAUAAUAAAGAUGUUUUUAUAAAAAAAAAAAAGAAAUGUAAUGUGCUAAAUCUGAUACAAUCACCAUAGAAUUUCGAUUUUGAAUGUAGAACCUUAUCCCAGAAUUAAAGAGCAGAGUCAUCAUUAGGGGGUAAAGCUGGUACCCAGGUAAGGGCUUUGGCAAUACGCUGGGGGCCAUCUAUGCGGACUGGUUGGGUUCUAACACAGCGGGCCCCUUACCUCAUGCUUUCAUUUCACCCACAUGGGGCAUCGACUGCAACUGCUCCACCCCAACCACCGCAGAAGGAACCACGUGGGAGUGAAAGGAAUAGACUGCAGCACUGGUUCAGCCCAUUCCCCACUAGACACCAUGAAAGUCAUCGCCCUGCAGCAAUGGAUAGACAGGCAGGAAAAUGGGUAGAACCAAGAUGGAUCGUGUGUAAAAUAAAUCUCUGGCCAUGUGUUGAUGUGUGUACCUGUGUGAGCGGGUAUCAAGCAGUGUGUUCCUGUGUCUGAGUAUAUUACUGUACAUUGUGAGUGUGUCUGUGAGCCUCUCUCUGUGUUGGGGAAUGUUUGUGUAUGCGCUUAUGUGAGAGCUUGGAAAAGCCCUGUCACGAACGCACCCUACUCCAAGAGUGCGCGUGACAUAGUUGUGGUGGUGAAAGGGUUAAAGUUCACUAUUUGUCUGCACUAGACCGGAAAUAAUGACAAAAUCCCCCUUUUAAAACCACCCACACUUAAACAUAAUAAUAUAACUAUUACUAUUUUAACGCUGCCACCACCAAGACAAUUUAUAAAUGGGGUGCCUUGGUCCCCCAGGUAAAUCAAUAAAAAAAAACACCAAAUAUUACCGAGCCCAGUCAGUGGAUUUUAAGGGGCCCCAAAGCUUCUGAAGCUAGCCAUGGAUGUGUCAGUCACUGAAUGAGCUGUCAGUAAAUAUCCACAUCCCACAUUGAAAGGGGUGGAAAGGACUUACUGAGGGUCUUAUAAUUAUAUAGAUUUAAUUCUCUUCCACAGGUGAUAAAGGGGCCACAGGCGCACAAGGACAAAAAGGUAAUAAGUAGGUAAAUUCAGGAUAAACUCAGACUUGUGGAUGCAAAUAGUAGAUAAAAAAUUAUAAAGAACCAAGUAAAGAUCAAACAAUAUUGCUUCUAGAGUUGUGUAUGUGUGAAAAAUGUAUUUUAGUUCAUUCUAUUUCAAUUUUUUCAUUUUUAAGUUUCGGAACGUCUAAAUUUUGGAAAUUAGCGUUUAAGAACAAAUCUAAAUUCGGAAAAAUUUUGGAUCCAAAACAAUGCAAUUAUUAUUUUCCAAAGGAUACCAAAUUAGGGCUCUGUUAAGCCAAUCCUGGGUGGGUGAAGAGGUGCACAGUACCCAGGCGCACUGUUAGGCUCCGUCCGUCACGUUAGGCUCUCCUCUUGCACUCGGCUCUAGGCUCCUGGGACACAGUUAGCUCUGUUUAGGGGAGCACAAAGCACCAAAUCUCACACCAGAACACCUGGUAACAGGUUCCCCCCUACCUGGCCCAAGGUACGCCCUACUACUACAGCCCCUUAAUCCCUACUACAGCUGCAAACUCCUACUAAAGCCCCUCACUUCCUAUUACAGCCCUCACCCCCUACUAGAGCCCCUAACUCCCCUACUGCUCCCUACAGCACCUAACUACCCACUACAGCCUGUCUCUGCGACUACAUCCCCCUAAUCCCUUUUACAGCCCCUAAUCCCCUACUAAGGCACCUACGCUUUUUGUUUGCAAAUCUGGCACUGAAGAAAGUGGGUGACAUGUUACCUGGUGAAGUUGGGGGGCCCGAAGAGGUGGAGUGGUUGCCAUAGAAAAUAGGUGUGGUUAGAAGUAUUAUGUUUGUGAAGGGGCACCAAAAAUAUUCUUGCACCCAGGCAUCAGUGACAAUAGAAUCGGCCCUGUAUGGAGCUCACUAGUAAACACACCUGUCUAAAAAGAUCUCAAUUAAUCAAAUGUCUUUUUUCUUUCAACUACUUAGAAGAUAACUCCCUAAUUUGCUAUUCUUACAGAUUACAGACUUCAUCUACUAAAAUAAGGAAACAGUAAAAUUAAAAAAAAAGGGGGGGUUUUGUGCUAACUUUGCCCUUUAAGCUGUUUAGUAGAUAGCUCCCUAAUUUGGUGUCCUAUCAUUACGUGUGAUUGCCAUAGUUAAGGGUACCAAAUAAGGAACGUAUCUACUAAGCAACUGCUGGAGAAAAUUGAAGAAAUAGGUAUUUUCUUAUUUUGUUCUCUAGGGUGUAAUUUAAAAACAAAAUGUAAAAAUUUUUUUAAAACCUUCUGUUUUUUGUAAAGAAUUUGGAAAUUCGGACACUUGCGAAAUGCUGAAUUCGGAUGAAAUUUGAUUCGGAAUGAAACAAAUUGCACGUGUCUAAUUGUAAAAGAAGAAAGCUUAGCGUCUGUUUCUUUAAUUUAAAUACAUGUUUAAUUGAAGAGGAACUGAAACAAUUAUUGGGGAAUCUAGGGGAAUCCAAUAAACGUUUUAGUUUUAACACAAAACAUUUACAAUGUGUAACGUAAUUUUAUCAACGCUGCAUUUAUUAACUCCCAAUGCUAUUACAGAGCUGUUUCUAGUGAUACAAUAUAUAAUGUCUCUAUUUAAACAUAAUAAAUAAAUCCUUGAUUUACAGAGUAACUUUCCAGAAUGAAAAUAUUACAUGUUUUACAAUAUUUUAUAAAAUGCUUUAUUUAUAUGUUUCUAAAUAUUUCUUUGUUCAGGUGACAAAGGAGAUCCCGGGGUACCUGCCCCUGGAAGUAAGUAUCACAUCUUGUAAAUACAUAGAAAUCCAUUUUAUUAUACAGUAAAACUGACAUGAAAUGGCCUCUUUAGGUCUAAAGUAAUUAUUUGUUCCAUUAAUUAUAAUCAGAGGUAGUUUAUAUUUUAUACAUUUAUGAUUUAACACAUGUAAGAUUCAGUUGCCGCCUAUUAAAAAGUAAUUUCUGUUAAAGUCUGUCAUUCUGAGUUUUUUAAUAAGCAGCAAUAUUUAAUCUCCCUUUUUGAUUGGCUGCAUUAAAUUGAAUCAGGAAGUCAAACAGCUAACCGUCCAAUCAGCAUGAUCCUCUCUCUUUCUCUCUCCUCCAGCUGCCCAGAACUGUAAGGAGCUCUUGGACUAUGGAGCUUCUCUGAGCGGUUGGUACACAGUAUACACAAGCAAUGGGCUUCCUCUCACUGUGUACUGUGACAUGGAGACUGACGGAGGAGGAUGGCUAGUAAGUAUGGCCACUAAGGUUUACUUUCCUAGCAGACUACAGCUAAGGCAGACAUUAGACAGGUUGGUAAAACAGGCAAUAGGAGGGAGUGUUUCCUGGGAUGCUCUUAAAUAGAAAAAAUAUGUUCUACCAGCAAGAUUAUUUUAACUUGCAUUUCCACUUAGGUCCACAAGGGGUCUCUGCACUAUUGUGCUAUGUAACGUUGCCACCAUAACUCUGGAUUCAUUACUUUUUUUAAUUUAUAAGAAACAGGGCUGAACUCACCAGAGUUUAUCCUUUAAGAGGAAAUGUAAUAAGGAACAUACAAGAUUAGGAUUGUUUUCAUAAAUGGUCGCAUAUACAUGGGACAGCCCUCCAGCAGAGCAGGGAAGAGAUAAUAUAUAAGAAUAUGGAAGGAGCAGGUUAGAUUGGCUAAUUGGCCAUAUUUGCCAUAUAACCUGCUCCCUGCGACCAAUGAUAAACUUAAUUCCCCGAUCACGGACCAUCUAUGAGAACAAGGUCACUCAAAUAGAGAGCAGAACAUUUACCAUCGCUUGGAACCUAUUCGGCUAACUGCUAACCCCUCACAUGUAAUUAGGUUUUCCAGAGAAGGAUGGAUGGGUCGGUGGAUUUUUUCCGAGACUGGAAUUCCUACAAGCGAGGGUUUGGCCAUCAGACUAGCGAGUUCUGGUUGGGAAACGAUCAUAUUCACCAACUUACGUCCACAGGUAAUAUUCAUGUUUCCUACUGCAAGACACCACUGUGGUUCUGUGCACAGUCCCCACUUGUUCACUACCAAGUACUUUUUUUUUCCUUACAAAAAACAUACGAUAACAUUUAUCAGAAACCUGAGAUGAAUUGUGUGUGUGUGUGUGUGUGUGUGUGUUCCUUUAAAUAUGAUUUAAUGAAUUAGCAUUUGUUUUACUUUUUAAAUUAACCCAUGUAUAAAUGGGAACUCAGAGGGAAUAGGAUAUUGAUAUCCCAAAAAUAUAAUUAGGGAGUUGUUACAAUUUAAAAUAGCAGCUCAUUUGCAGAAUUGUUCCAACGUGUUUUUUUUAAACCUAAAUAUUUAAAAUCAGUCUUUGAUACCCAGCUUCACUGCUAAGAAAAUAUCCAUAAAUCUAAUUUCAGACUUUGUGUCACUUACCUUCCUUUAAAUUAAAACAGAAUAUAACUCCUCCUGGCAGACACCCAAACAGAUACAUAAACAAACCUCGACCGUGUCCGUCAGUAUGUGAUUGUACUCAGUGCGUUAUUCCAUGUUUACCUUCUAUGGAUUCUGGGCUUCUGCCCAGCGCUGCACGUAAUAAAUAAUAAUUCACUUUUCUGAUAGGAACAUACGACCUCCGCUUCGAUUUCAUGGACUUUGAAAACAGCAGAACUUACGCCACAUACAGCAACUUCAAAAUCGCAGGGGAGAAUCUGAAUUACACUCUGAGUUUGGGGUCAUUCAUUGGAGGGACUGCAGGUAUGACAGGUGCAGGCUGACUGUGUAUUGUGACCCUCCGUUGUCCAAAUAUUUUAAGGGACACUGUCGCAAUAAGGGGAUUUUGCCAAGUUGGCAAAGUCCCCCGAUGGUGCCAUCUCCGCUGGGGGUUCAGUGGCUCUGGAGGCAGGUAAGUGUGAGCUUACGCACCUGAAACUAUCUCUUGCGGGUGCUGCCAUCUUUCUUAUACUGCUCUUCUUCAUUUCCUGGCUCUGUAGUAUCAGGUGCCGACGUCACUCCUCUCACAGCAUUGCAACUAAGGAGGAUCCUGCAAGACCUCGGGAUCCUCCAUUGACACAGUCAAUUCCCUGCAGCCAUCACUGGAGACGGCUGUCGGUAUUGACUUUUAGACUCUGCGUUGAGUCUAAAAAAAAAAAGUCAGAUGUAGGAAAUACAGAGACGAAGUAGUCCUUAUUUUGUCUCUGUAUAUCUCUUGACUGGAUUGGAAUUUCAGUGAAAUUCUAAAACAAUCAAAAUGAGUUUUUCAUAAAGAUUAUAUCUUUAUGAAAUACAAUUUUUUUGUCAUAGGCGGUGACAGUGCCACUUUAAAUGGUCUAUUGGAUAUUAUUCCUGUAGUUCCCAAAAUAUCCUCUGGGUAUCAGAAAACAUAUUAUACGUUUCUUUUCUACUCUUGCUAUGUCUCUGAUUUCAUUGGGGAGUAAUGCACUAAAUAAUGAGUUAUACAGAAUUGAUAAUGGAUUUGCAAUUUCUUUCACAAAAGUGUGAAAUUGAAAGAUUUUUAAGAAUUUUGUAGCUCAAGUAUACGUUCACCUUGAUUGUUAUAAAUUACCAGAUUUAUCCAAUAAACCCCCCAUGUCUAAUCCUCAAAAUAUUAUUAGUUUCUCUCAUAGAAUAAGAAACUGGCAUCUUUAUACCAGAUAUUUAUAUAUAUAUAUAUAUAUAUCUCAAAUACAGAUUAUAAAUAAAGAUAUAAUUAAUAGUCACAUGUAAUUGUCCAGUUACCUCAUGGCCAGGUAAAUAUAAUCAGAUAACUGAGCACUAAAACUGAUAGAUGAUGAAUAUCCUCGGUCUAACGAGUUUCCCAGAGAGUAAAGAGCUGUAUUACUUGUUUCUUGGCCUGUGAAAACAUUUAGAAAUAGAGCAAAACUGAUAUAUAAAAGUGUAUUGUGUGUCUCCAAUAAACAUUUUUGAUCUUUGUAAAAAAAAAAAAAAAAAAGUGUAUUGUGUAGAAAUCGCAUUAAUAAUAAUUAGACAAUAGAAGCUCAAAACACUCGCGUGGGGUUAACCUUACGCCCCUCGCCAGGACAAUCAACAGUAUGUGUAUAAGUGAAAACCCCUAUAAAUAGUGAAGCGAUGACAACGGGGUGUAUCUUAACAAAAUUUAUGUAUGUUUAAUUAGACAAAAUAUAGUGCAGAUGGUUUAGUAUCUACAAAAUAACUAGAACAUUUAGAAAUAUUUACACAAAGUAAUAUAGAAUCCACAAUAUUUACAUUUGAUAUAGAGGAUCUCUGUUUAUGUUAAGCGUUUAUACACAUAUCACUGGAUAGUUUGUGUAUUUAAGGGACUGCACUAGUUUUUUACACAUCGUCUUCUCUUCCAUUUACAGGUGACUCAUUGAAUAUUCAUAAAAACACACCAUUUUCUACCAAAGAUAGAGAUAAUGACCGUCAUAAAACGAUUAGCUGUGCCAAUAGUUACAGUGGUGCCUGGUGGUAUACUGACUGUCAUCAUUCAAACCUGAACGGACUGUAUCUGCGGGGAACUCACAAAAGUGCUGCCAACGGGGUAAACUGGAAGACCGGCCGUGGUCACAAUUACUCAUAUAAGAUAUCAGAAAUGAAGAUCCGACCUCAGUCUAACUAA